AUGAACGACGAAGAUCUAGAGCCUCGAUUCAUAGGAAUUGUAAAAGAAUUUGAUAUAUUUGGUGCAGAAACAAUCGUUACAGGCGGUGAUAACAUCAAAUACAUUACAGCUGAAUUUAAUGGUGAAAAGUUAACAAUUUCAACAACUCCUGAAUUUGCACUCUAUGAGUAUGAACAAACAUCACAGAGGCUGAUUUUAGUGCUUCAAUUCACAUGCAGAAAUGGCCCAUCAAGAACCAUAUUCUUCAAUCAAAUCAUCAAAGCUGUCAACAACUUUAAACCUGAAUUUUCUGAAUCAAAUUAUGAAAUUAUGAUUCCAACUCCUUUACCGCAAGGAAUUGAUAUAACAAUGUGUUUAAUGGGUGUGGAAAUCACCGCCAUCGACCAAGAUCUAUAUUUGAACAAUUUGACGUUUUCACUAUCAGAAACCGAAUUGUUUAGAGUUGAAACAGUUGAAGAAGGGCGCACAUAUCGAGCAAAGCUUAUCACUACACAACAAAUUACGCGUGUUGAUGAAGAUAUCGAGUUUAGCUUAACAGCCACGGAUUCAUUUCCUGAUGCCAGCUCUACUGUCGUGGGCGUGAAGAUUUUAUCCAAUCCUGAUAUAGUAACAGUCGCUCCAGUUCAAUUUACAAGCCCAAUUUAUCUUGGAAAUAUAAACAAUAUACAAGGAAAUGAAAGUCUUUAUGUUGAAGCUAUCGCAAUGAAUGAAACUUCCUAUGACGAAAAUGUUCUUUUUGAUAUCUUAGAUGAUUAUUCUGGAACUUUUGCCAUCACAAAUGAUGGACCAAACUUAUCAAUUAAUAUUACAAAAGCUUUAACUAUUGAUAUUCUGAGAAAGCAAAGCAUUUUCAUCAUAAUUCGUGCAUCGAGGCAAGCAGAUAGUAAAGAUUUUGCCACGAUUCUACUUGACAUUGAAUCAGCUGAACAGCGCAUGCCCGUGUUUGAAGAAAAUGUGUACGAAGGUGUUUUGUACGAGACAAAUCUUAACUUAGUUUUGGAAGAUUUUAUUCUUCAACGUGAAACAUAUUCGGAUGAUGUAAUGUACGAGAUUAGUGGCGAAGAUGCGGAUUUUUUUGAUAUCGAAGUCAACGAACAUAUUGUCAAAAUUUUCCUCAAAGAAAAUGUUGAUUUAAUGGAAAAAGAAUUUUUAAGAUUUUUUGUAGUUGCUUCUAAAGACACAAUUGGAUCAACGUCAGCUCGAGCAAUUAUUAGAACAAUCCCAAACGUCAUCAUGUCACCAAGUUUUGAGAAAGUUCUGUAUAAGGGAAGUUUGAUAGGAGAAACUUUGUUAAUUGAGACAAUCAAAUUCACGGAAGAGAUUUUAUCAUCUGAAAUUACUUUGAAACUUGAAGGCGAAGAUCAAGAUUACUUCAAUGUGGAGAUAAUUAACAACGAAGUUAUCAUCACCCUUAAUCAGACACCUGUCGGAAAAAAUCUUCUAUCAGUUGUUUUAUCAGCAUCAACAUCAGAAGGCAGUUUGGAUUCGAAAGCAUUUCUUUCAGUUGUCAUUGAACAAGAACUUGUCGCAGCAUCAAGUGAAGGACUUUUGUCAGCAUCUGCAAAUAUUAUAAUUGCAGUUCAGCAUCCAUCAGUCUCAACAAUAUCUUUUGAAAAAUCUUUUUAUGUUGGAUCUAUUGAUAAUGAAAAGGUUCUCAAUCUAGAAAGAAUACUUCUGUUAUCUUCGGAGAUCAUUACAAGUGUUGAACUUAAGGGAACAGAUUCAAGUUACUUCACACCAUUAUUGAGUGAGAAUAUCGUUAUGAUAAGCAUGCAGCAAGAUAUUCCUGAAGAUAUUCUUCUUGAGAAAAACGUUCUCAUAUUUACUAUUGCAGCUGCAACAUCUGCUAAUGAUAGUUUCGUCACUGCAAAUAUUAUAAUAACACUUCCACGAAUUACUGACGAUAAAAUUCUUCGAUUUGAAAACUCUGUCCACAUAGGAUAUUACAAUUCAAUUUCAUCAAUCAUAGAAAUCGAUGACAUUGUUCUUGAACUCAACAACUACGAUGAAGCAGUUAGCUUCAAAGUUGACCGACAAGAUUUUGAAUUGUUUGACAUCGAAAUAAAUUCUAAUGUCGUGAGUUUGAAGCUUAAGUCAGAUUUUAAUGAAGAAUCAUUGCGUAAUAAAGUUUUUUUGACGGUAUACAUAAUCGCUGAAAGAACAGGCUAUGCAAGUGCUGAAACUGUUGUUUUCAUUCAGCUGCCCGUGCAAUGUGAGGAAGUUGAGUUAAUUUCGUUUGAAAAAAAUAUUUAUCGUGGAGCGGUCAACUUUAAUGGCGUUUUAAACAUUGAAAAUAUUCAUUUACUGCCAGAUGGCGACGAUCAAAAUAUUAUUUUAUCACUUAAAGGUGAUGACGCUGAAAAGUUUUCUUAUGAACGAAAUGAAGAAGUAAUUCAGUUGAAACUUGAUCCAUUGGAAGUUGCUGAUCGUCAGCAUCCUUUCUACUUCUAUAUCGAGGCCUUCAAACUUGGCACAAUUAUGACUCAUACUUCAAUUCUUGUUGACAUAAUUGAUAAGAAACUACUUGAGUUCGAUGAACCGAUGUACGUUGGACAUAUCAAUGAGAAUUUGAAAUUGAAACUUGAUUCAAUUUUAUUAAAUGACGACUUACAAUCGGAUGGUUUAACAUUUAUCCUUAAGGAUGGAGAUGCAGAAUGGUUUGACGUCACAAAACUAGGAAAUGAAAUCAACAUUACGAGUAAUGACAACAUCAACGAUGUGAACAUAAGAAACAAACAAUUUUUAUGGUUCUACUUGGAAGCUUUGGGGAAUGAAUUUUACUCUGCGACGACAUUAAUUCUUAUUAAUGUUCCUCGUUGGAUGUCGAUACCAAUUGAAGAAUGUUAUGAGAAUUUAGAUCCUUCUCAGCCUGUUUUUGAAUUUGGGUCUUACUUCUUUACAAUUGCAUCAGAUUACAUUGGAAAUGUCGACAGAGUCAAAGCUAUGAUGAAUGAAUCUGGAACAAUUCAAUAUUCACUGAAUGUUCAAGAUGAUUAUUUAAAUCAGAGAAUUGAAAUUAAUUCAGAUAGCGGAUAUUUGAUAGUUCACUCCGAAUUACCUCCAAAUGUUUACAGAUUUGUAAUUGAAGCAAGGAACAUAGAAAAUCAGAAAUUUGCAGAAGCAAAAAUCACUUUGCAUGUGAUAGAAUCGAGAGAAUGUACUGAAGAUUUAGUGACAACUGUGGAGAAGAGUUUAGCUAUUGAAAUGCUUGAAGAAAAUGAAAUUUACGAUACGAUAAUGCCAGCAAAAAUUGGCGAUUGCACUUACAGAAUAAUGAGUGUGACACCUUCACAAUACAUGGAAAUCUUUACUAUCGACACGGAAACAAAUUUCUUGAAGAAUGUCGAGCCUUUUGAUAGAGAAGCUGAACUUUUCAGUGGUCACAGCACACCCCAAAUUCAAAUUCGAAUGAACCUCGAGUGUGACACAUCGACAAACUCUGCACUUGAUGCUCAAAUUGUUACAGCUUUUGUGAAUGAACUCUCUUCUGAUGAAAUUAUUUACUCACGAACUGUCACGUAUUUAAACAUCAUUAUUGUUGAUCAAAAUGACAACAAACCAGUUUUCACAUAUCCAUCGGAAGAGAAUUACAGAAUUGGUUUUCCCACAGAAGAAUUGUCUGAAAUGUUGAUGGUGCAACACUUGAUGAAAGUUCAGAGUGUGGAUUUGGAUUCGGGUUUAAAUGCUGUUAUUCGUUACUCAUUGGAAAGCAACGAUCAUUUCAUCAUAAAUCCCCAAUCAGGAACAAUUUAUCCUCUGAAGAAUUGCAUGAAUGAUAUUGACAUAUUUGAGCUUAUUGUUGAAGCAACAGAUCUUGAUGGAGCUACAGGUGGCAACGAUGAAUCAACGACAAUAACGAUCACGAAAGUUGAAAGUGAUAACCUUGUUCUGCUUUCUCUCGAAAAUAUAUCAAUAGAAAGUAUUGAAAGCUUCAUAAAUGAAUUGUCAGAUGAGUCUGGUAUUGAUAUAAGAGUAAUCAAUGCGUUUGUUUCAUCGAAAGAUGAAGAAAAGAGUGAAGGAAGACAAUUUGUGACGUUUACGUCAAAAGUUGCUGUGAUAGUUUAUUGUUUCGGAAAUGACCUUUUAUUAAUGAAGGCAGAUGAUGUUAUUAAAAGUAUUUCAAGUGCUAAUGUUAGCAACGUGUUCUCGUUGAUAACAUAUGAUGAAAGCACUUACAGGAUGUUAGAUUGCAGUUUAACGGGUUUGAUAAUAGCGACGUCGGUUCUAGGAGGUUUACUUUUGCUGUUAAUAAUUGCAACGCCUCUCAUUUGGUUCUUCGUUCUACGUAAUAAGACUAACUAUGUGGCAAGAAAAACCUCUGAAUUAUCAUUCACGAACAUGAAUGAAGAUGAAGAACAUGGAAGAACGUUGCCUGUGGUAAAUGUUGAUGAUUUCAGGGAUGUCUCAAAAGUCACAUUAAAAGAUGCAGAAAUCCUUGGUAUUGAAAUUAAAGGUGCUACAAAUGAAAGUUCUUCCGACUUUGUGGCAACAGAAGAUUCUCCUAAUCAGUCAAAUGAUGUCGAGUCAGAAUCGAAAAUUGAUCGGAAGAAAUCUGGAGUAAAAUUUAAUGAACUGGUUGAACGAAUCGAAGUGAUUACAGAUGAUGAUAUUAAUAAGUCAAACAAUCAAUGAGAAAAUUAUGGUCUAGUUACUAUUUUUAUUGAUUAAAUAAGUUUU